UUUGUUGCGGGGCGGUGGUUCCGCCCGGAGCCGGGGCCGGGGGACACCGGGACAAGAUGGCGGCUCCGUGAGGGAGAGACGGAGCCGCGUUUAACAUCGAGAGAAAAAGGCGGGAAACCCCCGGGGCCACAGUUACAGUUAAUUCUCAACCAAUCAGAGGCGGGGAGCCUCCAGCUGCCGCAGUGAUGUACCUGACCGCUGCCCUGAGGAUCAGUCAUGGGAAGGUUUACCGCCGGAUGGGGCUGGGGCCCAGGUCCCGCCUGGAGAUGUUACGGAACCUGGUGACUGCGUUAGUCCGGUUCGAGAGGAUCGAGACCACCCUGGCCCGCGCUGAUGAGAUGAAGCCGUACGCGGAGAAGCUGGUGGAUUACGCCAAGCGAGGAGACACGGACGGGAAGGCCAUGAAAAUAGCUGACUUCUGGCUCACAGAGAAAGACCUCGUCCCGAAGCUCUUCAAGGUCCUGGCUCCGCGGUUCCAGGAGCACCGCGGGGAUUAUGUGCGGAUGAUGCAGAUUCCGACCCGGGAGAAGGACAGCGCAAGGAUGGCCGUUAUCGAGUACAAGCGGAACCCCCUGCCCCCUCUCCCGACCAGGCGCCCGGGAGCCAACGAGAAGACCCUGCUCAAUCAGCUGCUGAGGGGCUACAGGGAGGAGGCAGCCACCGGGCCGCUCCCACCUGCUGGCGAGGCCCAGGUGCCACCUGCGGCCCAGCCAGUUGCGUGAGUGCCCGAUGGAAACGCAGAGGGACUUGGACAAGGCGACGCCAAUCCCCUCCCUCCGGCCCUCCCUCCUGCCCUCCCCCGCCUGGGGAUGGGUCCGGGAUUCUGGGAACUCCCUCCCCCCACCCAUCUCCCGGACUGCAGGUCUGCCUGGUUGUGUGUGUGUACCCGAUUCCCGGGGAGGGGGAUCCCAUUUGUAAACCCUGUCCUGCGAUUAAACUUGCGAUUCAGCUGGAA